UUUUCAAAUUGUCCCCGACUUGCACGGAGAUGGAGGGGCGGCUGCCGAGGAGCCUCCCUGCACAGCAGGACUGCAGCAUCCGAGAGAAAAUAGACCUAGAAAUCCGCAUGCGAGAAGGAAUAUGGAAGCUGCUCUCCCUGAGUACAAAAAAAGACCAGGUUUUACGUGCAGUUAAGAACCUCAUGGUGUGCCAUGCUCGGAUAGAGGCGUACACGGCGGAGCUCCAGAAGUUAGAAGAACAGAUUGCAAGUCAGACUGGAAGACGCGACGUGAACUGUGAGAGCAAAGAACGAAGACCCUGCAGAGGGAGGCUCGCCCUCUCAGGUAUCCGAAUCCCACUCAUGUGGAAAGACUCUGAUCACUUCAGUAAUAAAGAAUGCACACAGCGCUACGCCAUCUUUUGUUUAUUCAGGAUGGGAGCCGAAGUGUUUGACACCGACAUGGUGAUCGUGGAUCAGACAGUCACAGAUAUAUGUUUUGACAACGUCACCAUAUUCCACGAAGCGGGCCCGGACUUCCGGAUAAAGAUCGACGUGUACAGCUGUGGUGCAGAGGACUCCUCCAUAACCAACACCCCCAAAAAGCUCGCUAAAAAGCUGAAGACGUCCAUCAGCAAAGCUGCAGGAAGGAAGAUAAGUUCCAUGCUCCAGGAAGAGAACCAAGAGGCGUGCCUGCUCGCCAGCUCCAUCGCGGGUGCGAAGUACCAUCUGCUAGCUCAUGCCACCCUGACCUUGGAAAGUGUGGGAAACUGCUUCAAGACCCAUAAUCUAUCUGUUCACGGCAAUGAGGACUGUUCCUUUUGGCUCCCCUUGUAUGGCAACGUGUGCUGCCGGUUAGUGGCCCAGCCUGCUUGUAUGGCCGAAGAUGCAUUUGCGGGAUUCCUUAAUGAGCAGCAAACAGUAAAAGGUCUGGUUGGCUGGAGAAGGCUGUACUGUGCUCUGAGAGGGGGUAAACUCCACUGUUUUUACGGACCAGAAGAGAUUGAAGCGAAGGUGGAGCCCACUCUGGUGGUUUCCAUUGACAAGGAAACCAAAAUUCAGGCCAUAGAGAAGGAUCCAAGGAAAGUCUAUCACUUCUCUAUAGUCAACACUGUGGCUGGGCGAGCCGUGACUCAUGUCUUUGCUGCGGACAGCCUAGAAGACCUUCAGGAAUGGAUGGGCGCCUUCCGGCAGCAUUUCUUUGAUCUCAGCCAAUGGAAGCAUUGUUGUGAAGAACUUAUGAAAAUUGAGAUUAUGUCGCCACGGAAACCACCUUUGUUCCUGACAAAGGAGGCGACCUCCGUGUACCACGAUAUGAGCAUCGAUUCACCUGUGAAACUUGAAAGUUUAACUGACAUAAUACAGAAAAAAAUUGGAGAGACGAACGGACAGUUCCUCAUUGGUCAGGAUGAAGAAUCCGCACCACCCCCGUGGGCCGCAGUCUUUGAUGGCAACCACGAAAUGGUCAUCCAGAAGAAAGUGGUAUCCCCCGCAGGCCACCCGGCCCCUGAUGGGAAAAGGAAAAAGAGGCGAGCACCACUUCCUCCUACUGACCAGCCUCCCUUCAGCAUAAAGACACAAGGUGGCACAGAUGGACCCACGGACAGCAGGACCCAGGCCAGCAUCUCUGCAGCCUCGCCUUCAGAUCCCAAGCUGUCCUCACAAAUGCAUCCCUUCCAGAGACCAGUGGCUGCCCCUCGCAAACUUCCCCCUGCCAGGAAAAACAGUUCAGCUGAUGGUGAGCACACAGACACAAAAACCAGUUUAGAAGACAAGCCAGUGCCGGCUCCAAGGCAGAAAUCCAUCAGAGACAUUCUGGACCCUCGAUCAUGGCUGCAAACACAAGUAUAGACAGUCUGUACUGUCUAAAUCGAGCUGUAAAGCUCGGGUCAGAGGCAUUAUGCGUGUAAUGUUAUAAAAUUGUAUAGGUAAAGACCAUAGCAAUUUCCAUAAACCAUUAAUAAGCUAUUAGAUACAGAAGGCACCUUUUAAUAGAAAAUUGAAUUUCUUUUUUUACUUCUCAUUUCCAGAAUAUAAAUGAUUCCCCCCACCCCCAGCAAAGGCGCAGUUUCUAGACAGUAUCCUAAUUGUUGGGAGGGCUAAUUUAUUCCUAAGUUAGUAGCAGGCGGUGAAGAAGCAGUAGGCAGGAGAAAGCACUGAUGUUUCUUUUGGAGAAAGAUUGUCUAGUAAUGUAGAAAGUGCUAAAGACAAGCCAUAUUCUCAUUGUGAGGAUUUUAAUACUUAAUGGAAUGUUUCAAAGGUUUUAUUCAAACCACAAAUUACCGAAUCCACCCAGGAAAAUUUCCCCUUGAGCUCUGGGAUCCUCAUCUGACGGUCCGCUGCCUCCUCUCUAUUGUUUCACUUGGUGGUUUAGAGGCUUGACCUUUUAAAUUCCUGGGAUAAAUUUUAGAAUAUUAAAUUCUUUGUCUUUAAAGGGAAUUUGUAAUCUGCUCCUCGGCAUCAUUUCCGUGAUGAGCCCUGAAAUCCUGUUGACUCUGCAGCUCAUCAGCGAGGCAGCGCACUUGUUAGUGAGGGAAGCGGAUAUGUGAUGGCCCACUCGGCUCCCCUGGCUGUACGGUGAUGAUCCCCACUGUGCCCUCCAGAAUUCGGGGAGGCAAGCAGCUCCCGUCUUAAAUUUUCUUCAGUACUUAUUUUAAAAAGCAGAUGACAGAUUCAAAAUGUAUCAGAAAAGUUGACCGUAGUCAUUUUCAGAAUUAAUCCUUUUUUCAAUCUUUUAAUUAGAUUUCCCUCUUUGAGUAAGGGUUGAUGUCUGUUAUUGAUAUUAUUCAUGAAAAGAUAUAUUCAGUAAUCACGUUGGCAUCACUUCCAUAGGAGGGAAUUUCCAUAGCUACUAAUCAUAGUGACCUAAACAGGAUUAUGAGUUGAAUGGGGGAUAAAUAGCAAAAGGAUGAAUAUCCUAAAUGGACAAAAAAGAAAAAAUCCACUUUUAAUAAUCACUUUUGGGGUUUUUUGUUUGUUUUUUUAAAGUAGCAACUAUUUUAUUUUUAUUUGGAAAAAAAAAUUCUCAUCUGGAAAAAGGAGCCCCAAAACAAGUAGUAACCCAGAGUUCUACUCAGGAGGACCCUCCCAAGAAGGAGGAUGAGCAGAAGCCGCCGCUCACCCAAACUCUCAUGUCCUGGUCUCCCUAGCAACAAAGUGAGCAUCUCCAGGCUCAGAACCUCAUGGGCCACAUUUUGGUUAAUAAGAUGUGCCACAAAUUUUGAAGCGGUCAGACAAAGUUGCUUACCGUUCCUUCACAUCCUUCCCAGAACUUAAGAAUUAGUCUCUUGAGGAUUAGUUCCCCACAAUCUGAGAGUUUUGAGUUGAUUACAGCCACCAAAGCUGCAUAAACAGGAGUGAAGACUGGAGAAGCACUCCGCGCCUACAGGACCGACCUGGACAGCAGGCCUCUGCCUCUGUUUUCUUGAAGGAGUUCUUGGUCUUGGAUAAUCACACUUACAUUGGAGAUGUUGAUCUUGUUCAUGAGAUCAUUGACUGAUCCCUUCAGGGCCUCCCAGCUCAUCCUUUGAUAGGCUAGGCUGUUUCCACCUGUGAUCUCCAGCAUCACCCUGAGUUUUGCGGGAGGAACAGACGCUCCCCUUCUUCAGGUGAGCAGCGAACCCCUCUCAUCCUUCUUCUUGUGAAGGUUUUCUUGAGUAGAACUCUGGGUUAACGCUUUCUCUGGGCUCCUUUUUCCAAGAGCUGAGGAUUUCCGGGACUAAUCCAAUCUGCAUCUCUUUCUCUGCAAUUUUCUUAGUCCCUACUUUUGACUCCACGCUAUCAUCAUAAGAACACCCUCUUCUUGAACGCUCACAGACAAGCUGUAAUCACAGUAAUCUCUAUUCGGGGCGACCUUGCUUGUUCUGUGUAUCUGUCUUCUGGGGAGGAGUUCCGGGGGUGUGAACUGUGGCUCUCCCUUCUGUCGUGACCAGAGGAGUGUUUCAUGGGUGCCGUACUUUUCAUUUUUCUAGUGUCAGUUGACCGCACAAACUGGAUUCUUCAAGUUGGUUCCAGUAACAAGUCCUCAUGGUCUGAGUUCCUUGAGAGUUUUCUUUUUCUGUCUCCAUGGACCACCUCUGCUGAAUCCUCAGACCAAAGGGGCGAUCCCAUCCCAAUGGAUCCUCAGAAUGCUGUGUCUUCGAAACCUCAGAUUGGAUGUCCAGUAACCCUCUUUGUAAACAAGAACAGCAAACAGUUUUAAAAUGCCAUCAGCGUUUCCAUGCAAAACUUGUCAGGCCUCGGUCCUGAGGCUCUAGGGACCUCCCAAGCCAUAACAGUCCCCGUGCACCAUCAGGCUGUAGGAAGUAAACCUCAGCUAGAGCAGGACCAGAACCCCAUCAGCGUGCAAUGAACGCUGGACAGCAGAAGCAUUCAUGGAAACUUUCAUCAUUUUUAGUAGCGG